AGUGCGAUCCGCUCGGCUGGGAUGCCACGAGAUUGGAGGCGGAAGCCGGGAGAGUUCCCAGAGCCGAUCAAGAGGCGCAGGAUGUCAAGGGCCGGAUAUCCCAGUUGAAUGGCUGCUGGCUAUUGAUAGCUUCUAUGGCAGAAUCUCGUCCUUGUCCCGUGUAUGGCCCUAGAUGGGCCGAACGGAUCCAGCCACGACGGACCCGAGACUCAGCGGACGGACAAUUUUAGAUGGUCCAGGGUGGCCUCUCACUCUCAGGCUCUCAGCAGGCCCUGAAGCCAAGACCCCUGAGAGCGGGUGGGUUGGGAUGACCCUGGCUGUUGUCGCGGCGGCGAGAUUUUGGUUCGUAGAAGAGGGUCAAAUCUGGAUGAGACGUUUGGAAAUAGGGGCCACUCGGGAGAGACCUUUGGUGGCGAUGACGAGCAUGGCAUACGACGGCGUGUCGCGUCUCCACGGUGAUGUAUGCAGGCACGCCGUUGAGUCUAUAUGUAAUCGUCGGGAAUGCUACAGGUAUUGUAUCGGAAUGCGGAUGGGGCCUGGAGAAAGUGCCGUGGCCAGAUCUGUGCUUCGUCUACACGUGGCUCCCAUAACAACCUAUUAUGCACUGUCGAUUGAUUCCAUUCGACUUGCCGGCCGCGGCUCGACUUGGCAGGGAGACAACGAGCCGAGGAGAUUCUACGACGUAGUAGCGACGCCAUCGACACGACGGAUGAGCUUCUCCAAGACAAAGCAAAGACAACAUGGAGCUUGCGCACCACGGUAGAUUGCCUCGCGAGGGGCCUGGGAUAAUAGAGCUGGUCACCACUGGAUUACCACCGGCCUCCGCCGCAGCCACCGGUCACCACUGGGUCACCCUUGCGCUGGUUAGCAUCCGGGGCCCAGAGGAGGCAUUUCGCCAAAGAUGGGAUGAGAGGGGGAUGAGGCCAAG